GCAUUGUUGACACAGAACAGGGUGGACAGCCACACGUGAUUUGGGGGUAUGAAAACAUAGUCGCGGGGUCCCUUGGGUUGCACGCCACCCAGUCGCCGCUGAGUUUACAAACGUCCUUUAGCCUCGGUUACACCACCACUGUCGAAUAGUGAAGAGAUGGCACCCAAACGCAAGGCCGCCGUCGUCGCCGCCGCCGCGCCUGUUGAUCCCUCGCUGAGGGAGGGCGAUGCGGAGGAAACAUCGCCACCGGGAGCGCCCGAGGCCGUCGAAGCUCAUCCUCCUCCGGCCCCGCUUCCGUAUCCUCUUCCGCAUGUCACAGACGACGAAAAGAUAGCACCGACCACUGAACAGGCAAUUCCUACAAACUUGUUGCAACCUCCUGCAGGCUACUACGGCAUUCCUUAUCCACCAUGGGGAUUUGCACCAAUCCCAUAUCCCCCCGGUGCACCAGGCGCUCCCUUUCCUCCUCCGGGUUAUCAGCUGCCGCCGUACUACGCAAAUGGUCAACUUCCUCCAAUGCCAGGCUUGAUAUAUGGGCCGGCACCUGUCCCCGUCCCGCCACCCAAGGCUGACUCAGCCCCAUCUGGGGAGGGGGAUGAAGGUUAUUCGGAGGCAGACGAGAACCCAAAGCCAGAGGAUGACGAGGACUACAAGCCGGGGAAGAAACAUCAGAGGAAAUCGAAGGCUGCCCUGCCUCACGAUCCUGAUCACGCUCCCAAGAAAGCGAACAUUGCCUGCCACUACUGCCGCAAGCGCAAGAUCAAGUGUGACGAGACCAGACCCUCUUGCUUGUCAUGUGUGAGGCUCGGGCAGGACUGCUUCUACGAUGAUCUCCGUCGCUUCCGUGGUAAAGCCAAGUCCACUCUUGCGAAAGAGAAGAAGUCUGCGAGAAUGUCUGCGAGACAUAAGGCUAAUUCAUUCGCGAAGGAGAUGCCGCAAAUGAAGUUUAGCGCUCUUCCUAUGCCGGGGGAUCCCUCCUUGACUGAGGCUUUGAGCCUGGCUGCGAUGGGACCAAUGCCUCCCGGCAACAUGCCCAAGUUCAUGUUCUGGAAUGCGCCACCUGCUGCCAAUGUCGACGCGUCUUCGACGUAGACGUAUGCUCAUAUUGGUUAUUCAGUCGUCGGACAGUGUAAGGUUGGAUUUGGAUGUGAUCUAGGUGUUUGUGUUCCUAUUAUCGACCCUGUGCUUCAGGCAGGAUGUCCCUACCUCUCCUUUUCGAGUGGAUU